AUGAGCGUGGGGGAGUACUUAGCACUCGGUAUGGACGAAAAGGGUAGAGCUGACAGUGCUUCUUGUGGUACUGAAAGCCCAGACAUGGCAGGCGAUGCACCUCCAGCGUUGGAUAGGGGAGACUCAGUAGAUGAUCCAUCACCUCCUCCAGUCUCAGAUGCAGCCAAAUCCUUAGAAUCGAUAUUUGUUAGAGAAGCACUGGCAUUUCGAGCAAGGGGUGGUGGUUGUGGAAAACCGUUAGUGCAUUACAUGGAUGGUUUCACUAUUGAGGAGUCAGAUGUUCCUUUUCCACUUGCUCAGUAUGACAAAAUUACCGAGCUAGUCUCUUCUGAGGUUUUGGAUGACAUUAUGCCGCUCAUCGCGGACAUCGACGUGAAGAAUAAAGUUGACGAAAAGGCUGCAAAGGAGAAGGAUAUAUUGGGUAAACCCACUAGACAGGCAACACCAACAAAAGUGGAGACUGAAAAUGAGAGUAAAAGAAAAGUACCAGCUCGCACUCGAAGAUCAACCAAUCAAAGUGAAGUUCGUAAUAUCAAACCAAAGAAGGAGGAGCCUGAAAAUGUAUCUGAAGAGCAUUUCGAGGAACGAAAGCAGUGCAAGAAUCGUCGUGCAACACCAGUACACCAUCCACCGCGAAGAAGGACAAAUGAGCUAGAGUUGCUUUUAAGUAUGGAUUUUGGGCCGAAAGAUUGUGGAAGGCGUAUCCUGGAUACGGAGAAAAGAAAAAGUGUACUUGACAAGGAAAAACGUCUUUCAUCAGAAACUGGCGACGAACAUGACAAAGGCGACCAUGCAGAUAAGUCACGAACGAAGCAGAAGAAACGGACCACUCAAUCGACAGUCAACGAAAGUCCUGUGAAAGCUGAGCGUUCUCGAUCCUCGGUUGACUCUUCGGAUACUCACAGUCAUUCGUCGAAGAGAAGUGGGUUUCAUUUUAUUCCUGCUAUAGAGCGUGACAAAGGUAGUGGAAAACAUGACAAAUCAAAAGAUAAAGAGAAGGAGAAGGAGAGAGAAAAGGAGUUGGCGGUCCUGAAUACACCGACCGUAAGCAUGCGCAUGUUACCCGCCUCUGAAGACUCACCAGAAGAUCGGUGCCUAUACUGUCAAGUUUCUUUCAAAGAGAAGGAACGCUCAGUGUCUACCCCACAGUACUGUUCGACAAAAUGUCGUCGUUCAUAUCAGUCAAUGAUGGCAAGUGAAAAAAAUGGGCGUAAAUUCUAUGGUACAGUUUCAGCCGAAACAAUGAAACGAAUCUCCGGUGGUUCGGAAGUACGACCGAAAUUCGAAGAGGAAGUCACACCUCCAUCAUCGUCUAAGGGAAGCAAAAGCGAAGAUUCUUCUCAUUCCAAAAAACCAUUUAGUGCAUUUAUUGAUGCUUCCCGAACUGCAACACCAGGUCCACCACGCGGAGUUGUUUCUCCAACAGCUGUGCAG